UGCACGGAGCGGACGUCCUAUACACUCUAUUCCUACCAACUAUUCUUACCGUCGCUCCAUCAGCACAAACCCCCAGGACUUUUUGAUUCUACGGGUAAAAAAGGUUCGUCGGGCUCGCUUUGCCGAACUCCGGCGCCGCUCCUUCGCAGAAUUGAACCCGGUGUAAUUAUCGCCCCGUGCUUGCAGUCAGUUUCAGCAUGGGACACCGACAAGUUGGGCAGCUGGUGCCGAUGUUGUUCGCGGUAUGCCUGCUGCUGAUGUCAUGCAGUGACCCGGUCAGCGCACAAGGUCCUCAAUUCUGGAACGAUCAGGCCCAGCUCACCUUGCAAAAAGCCCUGCGGAGGGAGAGGACUCUCAACACAAACCCCGCCAAGAAUGUGGUGAUGUUCGUGGGUGACGGCAUGGGCAUCUCGACCGUGACGGCAGCCAGGAUCCUCAAGGGUCAAAAGGCUGGCAAGACCGGGGAGGAGACGGUGCUUGCGUGGGAGGACUUCUCCAGUAUUGCUCUGUCCAAGACCUACUGUGUUGACAGACAAGUGUCGGACUCUUCCAGCACCGCCACGGCGUUCUUCUGCGGCGUGAAGGCCAACGACGCGACGGUCGGCCUAGACGACCGAGCACAGUUCGGUGAUUGCGCCACUACUAUCAAUGCGUCCGUUGAUUCAUUCCUGGUCGACGGUCAUCGGGCAGGUAAAGCUACGGGGUUCGUCACCACGUCACGCGUGACUCACGCUACACCAGCCGCCCUCUACGCCCACAGUCCGGAUCGUUACUGGGAGGACGAUGAGGACGUGCCGUCUGAGGAGCGAGCUUUGGGGUGCACGGACAUCGGGGCCCAGCUCGUAGAAAACGGGAAGAUGUUUGAGGUUAUCAUGGGAGGCGGACGGAGAGAGCUGACUCCGCGGGACUUUAUCGACCCUGAGUACCCCGAAAAAGACGGCCACCGGGAGGACGGUCGCAACAUUAUACAGGAAUGGCUUCUGAACAAACCAUUAGACAGCAGCAAGUACGUCUGGAACCUAGAGGACUUCAACAAUGUGGACCCCGACGAAACAGACCAUCUGAUUGCGCUUUUUGAGAGAUCUCACAUGCAAUUUGAACAAGAGCGUAUGGACGACGAAGCUGGGGAGCCCUCUCUUGCCGAGAUGGUAGAAAAGGCAAUUCAAAUACUGCGAAAAGACCCGGAUGGGUUCUUUCUGGCCGUUGAAGGCGCCCGCAUCGACCAUGGCCACCAUGAUGGCAUAGCGUCCAUCGCUCUGCACGAAACUCUAGCCAUGGAGGAAGCCGUUGCCAAAGCGAUGGAACUAACAAACGAGGAGGAUACGUUGAUCAUCGUCACCGCGGACCACAGUCAUACAAUGACCAUUGGAAGUUAUCCAGAGCGCGGCAAUCCUAUUUUAGGGCUUUAUAAUUAUGGUGAGGGUGAAGACGAUCUACCAUUCACUACCCUCGCGUACGCCGAUGGGCCAGGAGGAGAACUAGAAUUGGAGAGCUAUAAUAAAUCAGGACGUAGACGAGAUUUAAGCAACGUUGAUACAGACCAUCCCGAGUUUAUUCAACCAGCAAUUGUACCGAGAAGUGAAGAGAGCCAUGGCGGGGAGGACGUGCCCAUUUAUGCCAAUGGACCGAUGUCGCAUUUAUUUCACGGUGUCCACGAACAGAACUACAUCGCCCACGUCAUCAGGUACGCAGCCUGCUUGGACGGUCGCGAGGAUUGUGAAACGAGUAGUGCGCCCUCUCUCGGGGGUGUCAUUCCAUUGAUGGUUCUUUCGACAACUCUUUCAGUUACUGUUUAUCUCUGGAAUAUUUAAAUAUUGAACAGUCUGAAUGUACUUUGGAAUCUCGGGUUUCAAGUAAUAUUGUUUAAUCGGAGUAUAAUGGGGAAAAUUUGCCCACUAAAACGCGGAUAAAAUGUUCGAAUAUAUAAUUCCAAAUGAACGCCAUCUUUAUAGGCAGCUUAUGGUUUUCACAUUGAGCUGCAUCAAUUUACAAAAAAAGUGGUUCACCGCCAAUCACGCAUGCAAUAGACCUCUUGCAUACCACGUCACACUUUCAAACAGUGCCCCCACAGUACACUCGACACAUAAUGAGGCAGCUCAAUGGUACGGAAAAACGUGCGCGCUACCUACAGCAUCCCGCAUAGUUGCGAGUUCAAAAGGGAAAGAAAAAAA